GAUGGGGAGUGGCGAGGCAUUGGACGGCCGAAUUGGGUCUUCCUCACCGGGCGGCCCAGAAAAAGCAUGGGCGCCGCGCGGUCCUGUCAGUCGUACACCGCGCGCGAGAUCUCGCACACUGCACGAGUAGCAGCAGACGACGCACACUCAACGCAUCGAGAACCAGCGGACGCUUCUGCUUUCUUUUUUUCGCAACGACCGUCACCACUACCUGUACGAAUCUCGUCGUAUCCGCAGUCGCUGACGACGCCAACGCAUGCAGUAACUGGCCCGGUGCAUAUAUAUAUUACACGCAAGAACAAACUCGGUGUUUCUUUCGCUGCUCGCGCUGCUUGUGGUGCCGUGUGCGUGCAAAACCAGCCGACUGCGUCUGCUCAAGGAGUGAUUCGCCCAUCUCGUUUACGCCAUCGCACCGGUCUGUAGUAUUGCUGUUAUUCUGCGAGCUUCUGCGCUGAGAAGUGACUGUAUUAGGACAGUUUAAGAGAGCGGCUCUGAUUGAGUUUCCGGCACUGAUUGAACACCCUUCGGACUUGUGACGUGUUACUCGCCGACCAGCUACAGAGGUCGUCGCUGCUGUCUUGACCCCUCUCACCCACCCGCGUCAACGCACACCGAGGCACGCAGGAUGCGCGUACACUGGCUGAGUGUGGCCCUGGUGCUGCACUGUUGGCUGCUCCUCAUCCUGCUCCUGUCCACCUCUGCGGCGGACUCGACCACGCUGAAUAGUGCUGGCCAGAGCAUCCACGACAUCAAGGGAAUGCCACAGGUGACCAAGAAGGGUAACCCGCUGCUGAUGCUGAUGGAGCCGGCGCUGCCGGCGCUCAAGUACAUGCUCCCGUUGGUGGCCCUGCUGGCCCUGCCCGAACUGCUGAGCUCGGCCCUGGCGAGCCUCAGGGGCAUGGCGGCGAUGAACGCCGGCGCGUACACGGUGCAGGCCCGGCGCAGGGGCCGCAGGGGCGUCAUGGACGGAGGCCCGGCCCGAGGAGGCCGCGCGGCGCCCGGCGGCGUCGACUUCAUGCAGGGCGCCCAGCAGAUGAUGACCCUGCUGGCUCGGCUGGACGAGGCCGUGCAGCGGUACGGCCAGCAGGAGGCCGCCUGCCAGCUGAAGGCCAUGUGCGAGUUCCACCGCUCCGCGAUGAGUCCCGAGGCGGGCACCGUGGCCAAGAACAUCAUCUCUAUGCUCAAAGCGGACGGCAGGGUGGAACGGUCAGCGAUGCCCGAGGACCAGAGGGCCGCACUGCAAGACUUCCUCAAGGCUGCCCAGAACGGACUGCACCAGCGGAACUGCACGCGCAUCUACCGCGACUGCCACGAGACCACAACCUAACUAGGAUCGCUGUAGCUAAUUAAUCCGCGUAUCGUCCUUUCCGUAUUACUUUGAGUUUCGCACCGACGACGCUGCGGGACCAGCCAGCGCUCUUGCCUAAGGGAAUUGUGAAGGUUCGGGUCGAGGCGUGCGCGUGUUCUGUGCACUGAAGACGGAGGGCUCCAACUGAAAGUGACAGUUGUUUUGUGCGCUCCACGACAGUGUUUCCAGAAGGUGCCAGCUAUACUCGCCUCUGUCGGCAUCAUGGAGCCUGGCGUGUGACAUGUGUUCGCUUUCGCUGUGAGAGGGGAAAAAAAUGAGUGGAGGGAGGCUGGUGUUGAUCACACGGGGAAAAGCGUCCACAUCGGAACAAGAUCGACAGGAGCACAGGCUCCACGCUUUAAUAGCGCGAUAGCAGUUCCGUACCGGCCCAGUCAUUUGCUGAUCGCUCCUCGCAUAGGUUGUGACACUGCAGAACCAAGACGCCAUGUCCAACGCGCUUUUCUCAUUCCUGAUAGCAUAGGCAAUAACCAGUGCCGUUUACAUUCUGACAAAAAUGAAACGCUGCCAACUCAUUCUGUGGGAGUGACUGCUUGUCGCGUGCUCACACUCCCUUAUGAGCGCUCUCGUUAUCACAAAUGAAACAAAUUCAGUUUGCUUAGCAACAGACCGAACCUACUCCAUUGUCGAGAACAAGAAUUUGCGAAAACGGAGUUAAGGAUGGCACAAGCAGCUACUCCCGCAAAUGCGCUAACUGCAUUCCCUUACUUCUCAGUGUGCAUAAUUUCUCACGACGGGAGCGACAGCUGGACGACAGUGACGUCGGCAUAUGCGUUUGUCCAUGCUAUCACCGUCCUGCCUUGUGCAAAGCUAUGCAACGCUACCCACUGAUUAUCGACUGCUAAUAACCCCUCACAUUGCUCUUAGUUAAUGUAAUUUAAGGUUUGUGAUAACAUGCACUCCGAGCCUCCUAUGAGCAGGCAUUUAUACGAAAGAUCGAUGGCACAUGGCCGCGCCUCUCGGUAGCUGAGAUGUCAAAUGCGAUCAGUCGAAUACGGCUGAACUGCAAGACGCUAAGCUAGCACGAUCAUAGCAGUUGUAGUAACCGGAGGAGCGUGCUGAGGCAGUUCGAAGGGUAUGUCCUUUCAAUCUUGUCCCGUAUAUUCUACCUCCCAUAGCAUUUCAUAAUGUGUCAUGUCAGCGUGUGGCAGUUUUUGUACGCCAUUCUUUGUACUGCGCGCGUCUGUGUGCCUCCCCGCAAACCAACAUUUUCUUUUGUUUUUUAAGAGAAAAAUAUGGCUGUUAUCUGCAAUGGCUAGCAACUCCACCGACCUUCGACUUUUCUACAGCUCGUAAUUAUUAGCGUAUGUUCACGCGGUAUACUCGACAGGUGGAUCGCUUUGUUUCGGUUUUCUUUUCUUUUUUUGAGGGGGUGGGGGGAUUCGAGAUGAGCGUACGAACAUUUCUGCGGGUAACCGUAAUCACUGGCGUCUUAUUUUUGUGACGUUCUAUUUCUAAAGUCAAACAUACACGCCAAACAGCGCUCGAAGUGAACAGUACUCGAAAAUAUAAAGAAGAUCUACUUUUUCAUAUGCAUUAACGUUGCAUAUUGGCCUCGUUUCGAGCUCUCUUGGCAGUGACUUCCCGCCACUGCCGAUACACGGCAUACCCACUGAUAUCCCCCAGCAGCUGUCCUGGCCUCUUAUAGCAGAAUGGGACACGUUUUAAAACCGGCCAACUUGCUGCUUUGAGAAGUCGUGCAACAGAAACAGACGACGAUCAUUGCUAAAGCUCAAACGCUUCACGCAUCUUGGUACCCCUAAUUUCGCGAUCCCACAUACGCCUUUCUUUUUUCUCGCAAUGCAAAUUAGGGCACGUGCUGGACACGACAUUGGACCUAUGCGCAUGCACAACAAAUCGCUCAGUCAUUGAGCACUGACAUCCUUUUAUUUCUCAACUUACCCUGAUUUGUAUGUUCCGUCCAACUCGCCUUGCCGGUCACCGUUAAUAUGCCUUCCGAGGAGCUUUCCGAUGAACCUUUGACAAAUUUCGCCCCAAAUAGGUCACGAGAAAUCUAUAUUGCAGUGUUUGAACUAUGCUCAAAGGACUUAGCGUCAUUUGAUUCCGAACACACGUGCGCUCGACGUGUUUGCUUUUCUUGUCACGUUUUCGGAGCAUGCUGUACCUCAUUGAAUACCCGUGCCGCUGACACAGUCUCACUGCUAUAACUUUAGCGCUUUAGCGGGAAGUAUAUGAAUCAAUAACUACAUGCCAUGUAAAACCUCGCUGAUGAUAUACAAUUCAAGUAUUCAAGAAGCCUAUGACCUAAGCGCAAGCAAAAUCUCUGCAGGGGUGCCUCGGUUUCAGAAAACACUUUCUCUUGAUAGCCAUAAACUUUCCCCAAAGCACUAGUGUUUCUUGGGCGAACGUAAUCCAGUGGGUUUUACGCCGGCUUCCUUGAAUUUACGAGUCAUGCAAAGUGUGUUAGCCAUACAUACAGUGAAAAGCAUUUUAAGGAACUACUAUCUUUCAAAUCAGCACUGAGAAGUUAUUUUGCCUAAGUUAUUUGUCAUUCUGACAGUUUCCUCUUGAGGGCUGUAUCCCCAUGAGCAUUACUUUUUGUUUUGUUUUGUUUUUUUCGAAGAAAGUAGUGUACAGCACGUGGACAAAGAGGCAGAGAAACGAACAACGCAAGUGCUGCAUCUCUCAGUCCGUUUCUAUGAGCCCUGGUCGACGUCUUUUCGAAUGGCUUGCUCCAUUCCAGCCAUAAAUAUGUACCAACUUACGCAACUUUCCAUGCUCUUUAAGAAAGACUAAGUGCUGCAACAGUGUCAGAACAGUAUGAAUCAACCCCGCAACGCUAUUUCAAGGGCCAUUGCCAAAACUAAAGCGCAGGAAAAUCGCAAUUAAGUGCUUAUAUAUCGCACAGAACUGCAAUGUCAACAAGCCAGGUUCGGUAAAUAAUAUAAAACAGCAGUGAAAAAACACUGGCGACACAAGACAGUCCUCGCUCAUUCGACCACAUACCGGAUUCUCAAGAGAUGCGUUCGAAACUCCUUAAAAAUAGGGAAGGUGCUAUGAUUAAAUUACUUUCUCUUGAUUGUUUUUACCAUGGUGUCAUGCAUUUGCAAAUGUUCCUGACAUAUUAGUAAUUAAACAGGUAAUUAUGCAAAUUAUAUUAAUUAAUUAUUUACCCAAAAGAACCGCGCGAUUGAUAUCAAUGGAGUACUUGAAUGGUGCCACGCGAGGACUGCAUAACCGUUUCCAGAAAUGCAAGAAGCAGGCGCUGCUAAUUUUUUUACAGCGAAAUAAAUUCCAGCCGAUUUCACGCAGACAAGGGUAGCCGAAGUCCUCUACUGCCCCGCCCUUAGCAGACGCCGAUGAGCGACGUACAUGAAGCCACCGAGAUCGCGCCUAUAGACGGGGGCGCUCGCUUGCUGCUCGCCCAUCUGUGAGGCGCAAGCAGCCACGUCGAUCACGUGCGUCUACUAUGGGCGUGAAAACUGCGCUCUUCAGAAUGUUCAGUUUCGCUCUGCUGCGCGAAAUUGGCCGGAAUGUGUUACGGUGUGAAAGUUAGCGUCGUCAUUUCUUUUUAUUUCUAGAAACGGUUAUAAGCCCAUCGGACGGCAUGCUUCACGACUUCCGUUGCGAUCAAUUUCGUAGCUGUUUUAGGUAAAGAAAAGUUAAUUAUCAUAACUUGCGUAAUUAAGUGCCAAUUGCUACACCUGGUCAUCUUCAAAUCUAGGACUUUGUGGUAAAAGCAAUCGAGAGAAACAUCACAUUAUUAUGUCAUGUUGCCUAUUUUUGGGGAAUUUAGAAUGCAUAUCGCGAAAAUACACGGUGAAAAGUGUUGCGCUUAAGGUGUCCCAACAACAGUUAGAAACGAAUUCUUAUAGGCACUUGUCUAUUGUAUCAGCGACGGAAGGUAUCCGAAAACAAACACAGUGACUAAGAAAAAAACGAGCAUUGGCAGUUUACCAUCAGAGGUCCCGAAAUCGAAAAAAGGAAGUACUACAGCAUUGAAUCUGUCUUCACUGCUUAGGAGGUAACGACAAAUAAUUCACGGAGCGAGUAAAAGCAAUGGAAGUGACUAUGGCUCUCCAGGGAGUGUCUGCAACUUGACCAAUUUUCUGCGUCGUCACUCAGAGAAUUAAGUUUGAAGCUUUUGCAGGCAUGGCGUGCCACGUCUCGAGUUCCUUCUAAAUUCAUUUCCUGUCUCUGUUCUUCGUAGGCCUACAGUUCUGUGAGGGAAGCCUACUACAGCGUUCACGCUGUAGAAAAAUAACCAAUUUGAAUAUUGAUGUUAGUACCACCGAGUUUCAUGUGGCAACGCCGUUCUAUUCGGCUUGUUUAGCCAACUAGCGUGACGACGCUCUUUAGUUCAAACUUUUUGCUUCAGUGACAAAACGACUACGUCGAAGAAUAUGUCCCUAAGUGCGAUUUCACCUAGAAUGCCGUAACAACACGCGAACGAGAUUAAAUUCAUCGUGGCGCAGAGGCGUUUGCACGCAAAUAUUCAUCGCCGUUUGCACAUGGCAUAUCUAGUGCUUCCGUCACUCUCGUUUCGCUUGGAGCUCUGUGUCAGCGUUUCCCUUGCAAAUGACGACAUGGGAAAUUCUCGUUUGAGGAUAGCAUAUGAAUGUUCCAACUGGGAACCAACUACCACUUAGUGCAGUGCCGGCGGUUCAUGUCGAGUGUGGCAAGAAUUGAGACUUGAGCGCGCGUCGUCUGCGAAUCCACAGUUGUGCGGAUUGUUGCGUUGACAAGGGAGCCAAAUGUGAGCGGCUCUUCCGAUUUUCUCGCUCAUUCAAGUUUAGACCUCGCGGUACAUUUUGUUUUGCAACAUGCCUGGAUGCACCAUGCGCAAGUGUCCUCAGAAUAAACGAGAAGUGCACGUUUUCUGCGGCAAUAACAAACAAAAAAAGGCGCGAUUCACUUUUCUGUGGCUUAGAGGUGUCCGUCGCCCUGAAUGCGAAACCACUCCGCACUCCAUCGUCUGCGCGGUUGGGUUUUCGUAGUCCUGCAGAAAGCAGCUUAAACA